AUGCAAUCUGGCAAACGCCUCGACGCGUGUUACGACGGAGUGAAUCACGUGAUGAUAUGUCGUGUGUCGAGGAGUCUACGCCUCCGCCCCCGGGGCGUCCUUGCCCCACAUCUCCUUGUACCUGUCCUGCGCCGCGCGUAUCGCCGCCUUUGCCUCCGCCAGGUACGCCUUCACAGCCUCGCCGCCCUGCCCGAGCCCCGUCAGCGCCGCGCCCUUCCGCCCGUACCCCUUACCCCACUUCGGCGCCAGUCGCACGCACCGCUCCGCGUCUGCCAGCGCCUCCUCGUACUUCCCCAGAGCCGCGUACGAAGCCGACCUGUUGCUGAACAGCACGUGGUUCUGCUUGUCCAUGCGGAUAGCCAUCGUGAACUGCUUCACAGCCUUCGGGUAGUCCCCGCCGGAGAACGCGGCGUUACCCUUCUGUUUAGCCUCCGCGGACAUCUUGGCGAGCUUGGCGGUCUUGGUAUCCUCGUCGUCGCUGCUGGAGGAGGAGCCGGAGCCGUCGGCGGUGGGGGCGACAGGCGCGGCGGCUGGCGGCGGUGCCGCCGCGGCAAUCGGCUCAGCCAUCCCCUUCGCCGGCUCCCCCUUCGCCGGCUCCGCCUCGCCCUUCUCGGGCCGCGCGAACAGGCUCGGCAUCGGUAG